AUGGGUACGGACGCAUUUCAGUGCGAUGAAGUAAAUAUAAUUGUAUUUUUACUGGUGGUUUUGUUUGGCAUUGGAUCCUGGGUAGAUAUAAAUGGAAUGUUCGUAGAAACUCCUGUCUUCGUUCAACAUCUACCGGAAGGAUGGAAACUCCCAUCGUACUUCUCCAUCAUAACACAGAUGGCUAAUAUUGGACCUAUAUUCAUAUCUGUUUUGUAUAUCGUUUCCAAGAAAUAUAUUUGGGAACGAGUUGCAGUUUAUGCUGUUUUAUGCACUGGAGCAGCAUCAUGCUUCCUUCUAUCGUUCUUCUGGAAAGAAACAACAGUUAUUGCAGGGGAUUUACACAGCACUGCCUUGUUAGUUCUUCAUUUCUCCUUGUCGUUAACCGAUUGUACAACAUCAGUUCUAUUUUUACCAUUCAUGGCUACUUUUAAACGGCAAUACAUGUCAAGUUAUUUUAUUGGAGAAGGCCUUAGUGGACUAAUUCCUAGUGUGGUUGCCUUAUGUCAAGGAGUUGGCCAGCUUACAUGCAAAAAUGUAUCUAUUUACAACAAAACAGCUAAUUCUACUAGUUACAGUGUGCAGCCUGUAUAUCAUAGCAUAAGAUUUACAGUAGAAGAAUUCUUUUACUUUCUAUUCACAAUGUUGGUCAUUUCAAUCUUGUCCUUCACCAUUUUAAAUUACACGUCAUAUUGUAAAAAGGAAAAAGUAAAACACUAUGAUGACAGUAGAAAGCGUGAACCAAUGAACGAAUUUGAACUCGCAUCAGAUCAAACUACAUCUAAAUUAAUUCCUGCAAACGAUUCAGAUGAACUUAUUCUUUCUUCUGUGCAAGAUUCUACUCGUCAGUAUGAUCAAGAUUCCACUCGCCAGAAUGAGCAAGAUUCCACUCGCCAGUACUUGACAAAGAAACACAAUUCUCAGUCGGUAGAAAUAACUGAACACAUAUUGCCAGAAAUGCUUACAACAGUCAUGUUUACAUAUUAUCUGGUGAUUAUAGCAUAGAUAAACUGUCUUUCCAAUGG